GCAUCUCUUAUCGCAAUUCUUUGGGCGGUCCGUCUGAGAUAUAUUAUUAUAUAGAUGUAGUCGUCAACGUGUGGUAAUAGCGACGCUUGCCUAGGUAUACUGUAUUGCACAUUAUCAGCGUGAUGCGAGUGACAUACGGUACAAUAGAAAACUACUCUGUGCUUUCGAAGUUUGGAUAAAGAAGGAGUGUCAAGUGCAGUUUUUACCCGACAGGAAGAACAGAUGAUGCUUCGAUUAACGAAAGUCAGAUUACAAAGACUCCAGUCUCGAACGUAAAGACUUUACCGGAUUAUAAAUAUGGAGUGACGACAACUGAAGGACCAGGAUCGUGUCAGGCCAUCACUUCUGCCUACUGAACCUACAGCACCCAUGACGAUGGAAGACGACUCGACAAAGAACAGCAGGAGCUGCGAGUGCACGAGCCUGCAGCACAGCGUGUGUCUGGAGAGCAUGGUCAUCACACUGACCAUCGUGUCCGCCCUGGCCGUCACCGGGGAGAUGCUGCUGGACUUCCACUUCUUCACGGUGACAGAAACCAUUAGCCAGGACAACCAAAGCCUUGCGGGAGAAGCGCCUUUUCAAGAGGACAAGGAUGUCAUGGAUAUUUUGGAUACCGUGUUUCACUACACGAGCUUGUGCAUCGCCGGACUUUUUGGUCUCGAUCGACAUUUUCGUGGUGUCCGGCACACUUGGUGUGGAGAUAGCCUUUCACUUCCUAGAUCUUCCCUACGACUCCCUGUACGCAGUCUCCUACGUUGUCCUUCUCAGGCUCUGGAGAGUGCCAUUUGUUUGCAAUAUCCGGGCGAAUCUAAUACGUGAGGAGUUGGAGGAAGACAUGGAGCUGUACAGGUGUGGCAGGCAGAAGGCCGAGGAGAGGUGCUCGUGGCUGGAGGAGAACCUCAACCAACAGGCUAAUAUCAUCAAAGGACUGGAGCAAACACUACUGGGCUUAAAGCCGUCUUCCAUGGAAGACGAGGAAAGCAGCCACGCCGAGACGCAAGACAACUCCCAACCGUCUGCUGCCGGCUCCCACGUGACUACAAACUAUGGUCAAAACGGUCCAAUGAUGUCAGAACAACCAAGUGUUCAGAGUUCGCGGAAAGAUCAAAAUCAGAAGAAACGGUUACAUCGAUCAAAGAAGCGCGUUGAGAGCGACAACGCAGAAAUGGAGAUGUCAGAAUUCCACAAAGACAACUCCAGACCUGACCACGCCGGAAAAAGAGAAAAUAUCGAGUCCAGUAACUUUUCCGAGUCCGGCACGAAACGGGAGUUGAAGGACAAGGGAGACAAUUCAAAGGCUGAACAUAUCGAUACGUCGGAAGUUCAAUUGCGACCGAGGGGGUAUUCUGACAAUAUGUUAGACUUUUCCAACACAAACAGUCUGCCCAGGUCUGAGGCGUCCCUGAACUCAUCGUCUUCCACCCCCAGACCGGGCCAGAUCAACAUGAGACAGCGGAAGAGACGGUCUUCCACCAGUGAAUAUAUAGACUACAGCAACCUCAGUUCUCCAGAACAAGACAAAGUCUUUUAUGAUGACGUCAAAGACAAAUUUAGCUCGUGCCCUUCCUUGGACCACAGUACACAAAGUGGGGAGAAGGAGAGAAGCGUAAAAAGUCCAGAGCUUUGGACAGGAAAGAAAAAAGAAGUGAUUGAAGGAGGGGCGGAUGAAGUAGAUGGAGGUACAAAAGAGGACGCUGAUAAUGGAAGCAUAAAAAAGACGGACAGUUCUACCUCCGAUGCGUCUAGUGGUGUCAGCUCUGAAGUGAGCGUGAACGGGAAAAGAGAGAGAAGGGACAGAAAGAAAUAUAAGAGGUUUACUUCGUGCCCCGAGUACGUCAUCACGCAGAGAAUGAGCAUCACAAAUGAUGAAUCGAAGCUGCUGGAUGGAUGGUAUUCCUAUGACGUCGCUGUGAUCGAACUGUGAUGAAAACCCUUAUUCCACAAGCCUCGCAAACUGUGGUCCAGCUCACCACAAAGCCAUUGCAUCAGCAGUGAAGACUGUUUUCUUGAACAUUUUGACCGAGGAUGGAGUGAGUGAUCUACUUUGCGUCCACGGAGGCUUCUGUGUGUGCAGAAAUACUUGAGAGAUGUUCUGCCAUCUUUUUUUUGUAUGUGCAAUAUUGUCAUUUUUUGUCACUACCACAUUGCAGACACAAAUAGCCUACAU